AUGAUUAUUGCCAUGAAGAUAAUGUUGUUGUGCAUUCGGUUUUCCCUUUUGAUGACAACUAAUGCUGCUUUUUUUCAUAGUCAUCAUAUGAAAGCUUUCCAUGAGUUAGAUUACGAACCGGUUUCUUCUACUAUGUUUUCGAGAAAGUUGUUGCUCAAAAAAAUGGUUAAAGAAUAUGAAGAUCAAGAUUUGGUGCUCUACAAUAACCAAAAGGCAGCUCUAUUAGGUGGAACUCAAGUAAGGAGAAAUGAAGUAGUUUUUGGUGAAAAGGGAUCCGACCCGACUCAAUUCACUAACAUGGAUUAUUCUUCCGUGAGAAGACGCCGCCCUAUUCAUAACAACUCCUCUAAAACCACUAAUUCCCCAUAAUUAUGUCAACACAAUCUUAUGUAUGUAACCAUAUAUAUUGUUCUUUGACCAUUUUAAGGAAUUUAUAUUGUUAUUUUAA